ACGAGUAGAUUAGGCUCUCCGCCUGCCGCGCCGCGAGCUCCCAGAGAAUCACCGGCGCAUUCCGCUGCGAUUCUUGCUGCAGCAGCGGCCGCGGCGGCGGCGGCCACCUCGUGAAGGCUUGAAGCCCACCGGGGAAGGGGAGGGAGGGAGCCCACCGGGGAAGGGGAGGGAGGGAGAGAGGGAGAGAGAGAGAGAGAGAGAGAGGGAGAGAGAGAGAGAGGCUGCGGGCUUCUCGCGGCGGGAUGGCGCUGCAAAGCUGCUGCUCCUCCUCCGCCUCCGUGCCCGCGACCUGUUCGGCGCUUUGCCUCGCGGAAGCGACGCGCGCCGCGAGCCUCUUCGUGCGCCCGCGCGCCGCCGCGAGGAGGCUCGUGCUCGCCCGAUGCGCGCGGGGGCGGGAGGGCGGCGAGUCCAAGGCGGUGCAGCUGGUGCUCGGCGGCCGCGCGCGCGACGACGGGUCCGAGUCCGAGUCCAGCGACGACGAGGACGACGACGAGCCGAUGCAGAUGACGGACGAGCAGAGGAGGACGCUGCGGAGGAAGAUACGGGAGAUGAUGGACCGGGUGCCCGAGACGGCGGAGAUCACGGACCCGGCGGAGAGGAAGGCCAAGAUGCUGGAGCUGCUGACCAAGUACCAGCUCGUGGUGGAGGAGGAGGACCCGAACUGGCCGGAGGACGAUGAGGACGGCCAUGGGUUCAGCCUCGGCCAGUUCUUCGACAAGAUCACCAUCAAGGCCGAGAAGAAGAAUGAUGAUGAUGAGGAGGACGAUGCUAAGGGGAAUCAGAGUGACAAGGAGAUAGUUUGGGAGGACGACAACUACAUCAAGCCAAUCAGGGAUGUCAAGACCAUGGACUGGGAUGACACCGUCUUCACGGACUUCGGUCCUUUGAUUGUGCUUGUUCAUAACCGAUACAAAAGACCGCAGGACAAUGAAAAUGCAAGGGAUCAACUAGUUAAGGCAAUUGAGAUGUUUUGGGAAUACAAUCUGCCUUCACCCAGGUGCGUGGCUGUAGAUGCCUGUGCAGAACCUGACCUUGUGAAGGCCCUGAAUGUUUCUGGUUUCCCAGAGGUCCUCUUCACUAAUGCAGGGAAGAUAGUUCACCGUGACAAAGUCGUCCGAUCGGCUGAGGAAUGGACAAGAAUGAUGGCAUUCUUCUACUAUAAAGCAGCAAGGCCGCCUUGCUUGAGCGAGGCAGAUGGUCAGGGUCAAGAAAAGGUCCCCCUGAUGUCAUAAGAACAGUGUGUAGGCGUAGCUUGUAGUUGUAUUUUACAUCAGUGUGCAUUGUUAGAAACUUAGAGUUUAAAUCAGUUCACAUUUCUUAGCUUUUUAAAUGUCGUAACACAGGCAUCUAUUAGCAUCUACUAGUGAAUUGCCAUCUUUAUCUGUUAAUGGCAUAGAAUAGAUAUAUCCAAACUGCAACAAGAUUAUGUUCAUGUGCUGUAGGAUUAUGGUUUAUGAGAUCUAUGUUCCAAUGUGCAACAACAUGUCGACCUAGAUGUUUUGUGACUUUGGUCGUGUAUAUCCACUCGUGGAUAUGGAGGCCGGAUUCUUAUCCAUUAUCCAAAAAAAAGGUGUUUUGUGCUUA